UAGCCUCUGAGCUGUUUUGAGAUCGAUCUUUUUUGACUAGGUGUCGUUAGUGUGGAAUCACUUUUGUUUUUCGAUCUCUUAAAGUCAGCACUCAACACAAGAGCCGUAUUGUUUAGGCUGAGAGCCAGGCUUCAAAAUGGACAGAUAUGAUUUAAGUGGCAAACGUGCAGCCUUGAUAAUGUGCGGUGGGGGUAGACCGGGCUCUGAGUAUGACGUUAAAAGAAUAAAGGAGUUCUGCAAACAGAAUAAGUUUCCUGAAUCUAGUUAUAGGGUUGAAUGCAAAACCAAAGAGGACGUAACUGAUGCACUGAAGUCAUUUCGAGACAACCUGAGCGGUGACGUCAGUUGCCUCGCAAUGUUUAUCAUGGCCCAUGGUGCACUUGGACACAUUGAAGUCAAUGAUGAAGAGGUUCUGGAUCUAGAGGAAAUCUACCAGAUGUUUAACAACAGCCAGUGUCCAGCCCUCCGUGAGAAACCAAAGCUCUUCGUUGUGCAAGCCUGUAGGGGAGUGAAGGAACGUCCUAAAGACCCUUACACAGAUGGAGGUAGAUCUUCUGGUGCGUUCUCAAAAAGGUUGCUUCCCACCGAGUCUGACUCCAUGGAAGUGUAUGCAGUACCUCCAGGAAAACUUGCCAUCAGACACCCGGACAGAGGAUGCCCAUUGUUUGAAGAGAUGCACAAAGUGUUUACUAAGGAUUCAGUCGUUAACCAUGAUGUGUAUGAACUCUUCACAGAGGUGAACCGACGGCUGGGUCAAAGGAAGGAUGGUAGAAAGGACGGAUACGAACAUGAUGAUUUCAUGGCAACAUUAGGAGACAUCAAGAGAAACACAUCGCCAGUAGAAUCAUCUGAUGAUAUAGGGCGCUCUCUUCAAAUCGUGACCAAUCUGACCAAAAAGUUGUACCUCUGAUAGGGAGAUGGGAGGAGGAGGGAGAAGGCUAUAGGCACCCUUUGAAUACAGUAUACUUUGGUUCAAAGGGACAUUCACUUUUGAAUGGCAAGAUUGCUGCCUUCACUCUGAUCAGGAUAUAUUAAUAGUUUAAGCCACUAAGAGUGAAAUAUUGAAAAUAAUGGACCUGGGCCCGGUUUCCCAAAAAGCAUCUUAAGGCUUUGUUUACCUUAAGCCGUAUUCACAUUGGCAGUUUAAAGUGACUUUCUAUCUUCCUAGAUCUUUUCUCCAUCUUGGCAGUGCCAUUAAUCACCAUAGCGAUAAAGGCCACAAAGUCCACCUUCUUAACCUUUAAAAUGUCAGGAUCAUCUUGGUGCAACCCCUGCAGCUUGUAUUGAAGGCCUAUCCAUCACCAUGGACUCUUCAGGAGCACCAUUCAAACCCUCAACCCUUUGAACCGCUGCUGCAUAGGAAAUGCUCUGUACAACCCUAACUUUGGCAACCUCCUUUUCUUUCACCCUUGUCGGGCAUUCAAAAGACGUGGCUUCAUGGUUCCCACGACAAUUGCAACAUUUCACUUUUUCAUCACUUUUAUAUAACACAUUAAAUGAUAUUUUCCACAACUUGGACAUCUCGGGUUUCUCCCGUAUGCAAACCCUUGACACAUGACCAAAAGCUUUACAGUGAACACAUUGCAUUGGUCUUGGGAUAAAUGCUCUGACUUUGUAGUUUAAUAUACCCCAACUGCACUUGAGUAGGGAGAGACUCCAUAUCAAAAAACAAAAGAACAGAUAAACUCUUCACUUUUUCAUCAUUCACCACUCGAUUUAUCAAACGUGCAUCCCCCCUUGAGGGGUGCCGUGUUCCGAAGAGACACACACACGACACUUCAAACUUUUAAAAAUCGGGAGAGCCGCAACACACGUUCCUUCUGAUCCGCAGAAGUACCGUAAAAUCACAACAAACCCGCCUCUCUCGUGAUCCUCACAUCCUCCUUCACUUUACCCAUCACUAGCUCCGCCAGUUUGGAUAGCUGAAAUGGAUUCUUCAAGAUUGGUAUUUCAAUAAGCUGCUCCUCAUUAACACGCCUUACAAGAUAUAAAGGGACAUUCUCUUUACUGUACUCUACUUUGCUCCUUUUUCCAUUAUGUUGAACAAUACUCCAAUCCUCCUUGAUUCUACCGCCAUUAGAUUCACAAUCCAGUUCAUCGUCCGCCUCCGCCAUCUUUUCCCUGUCACGUCCCAUUGCUGAGUUGCUAGCUAGCUGACGUCCUAGUUAGCUGCCUCUCUUCCCGAGUUCCUGGUUCGCUCGAAAUGAUUGAAUAACAUGUAUGUGUACAUUAAUUUUGCCACGUUUAAUUAUCCUAAGCAGCUACGUUAAUUCUCCUAACCUGCUACGUUAAUUCUCCUAAACAGCUACGUUAAUUCUCCUAACCUGUGUGG